AUGGCAGAGACCUUUUCAUCCGUGCCGGUAGUUGAUUUCGCCCGGCUGCAUGACCCUGUGACGAAGAACGAGGAACUUGGGAAGCUGCGUGAUGCAAUAUUCGUCGUCGGGUUCCUAUACGUGACGAAUACGGGAUUAGAGGGCAUCAUCAAGCGCACCCAUGAGCGUCUACCUGAGCUAUUUGCGUUGUCCCCAGAGGUCAAAGAGGACUGUAAUAUGAUCAACUCGCCAUCCUUUCUAGGAUAUACACGUCUGGGGGCCGAGACAACUGCAGCAAAAACAGACCUUCGUGAGCAAUUCGAUUUUGGCACGCCUGGAGUGAAGCCAUGGAUGGAAGGAGAUCCCUUCUGGCAGAUGCUUGAAGGACCCAACCAGGCAAGUCUAUGUUGGGAGUCACAGAAUACCAGUAUUAAUGUCCUUCAGUAUCCAGAUCAUGCUGGUGCCAAACCCCUGGUCGAGGAGUACAUCACAAACAUUGAUAGCCUAGCACAAACAUUCGUCCGCCUAGUCGCCGAAUGCCUGUCACUUCCAGUAGACACGUUCGAUGGUUUCAAGGGCAACAUGAGUCGUUUAAAAUUUGUCAAAUAUCCACCAGCAGCGCAAGACUCUCAGGGUGUUGGUCCCCAUAAGGACUCGGCAGGACUAUUCACAUUCCUAUCCCAAGACGAUGCAGGGGGACUCCAGGUACUCAACAAAAAUGGACAGUGGAUCGAUGUCUCACCCAUCCAAGGCAGUCUAGUGGUCAAUAUUCAACAGGGAUUCGAAGCAAUCACUGGGGGCAUCUGCGCGGCCACGACCCAUCGAGUUAUUGCACCUACUACCAAGACGCGCUAUAGUAUUCCAUUCUUCCUGGGAGUGAGACUGGACCUGACGCUAGAUCAACUCAAGGAAUCUGCAGCGCAUGUUGUGCAGCGCAUCCCGACCACAGACGAUAAGAAGAAGCGCGCCGUAGACGUGCCGAGCGAAUUUCUCUCUCCCCUGUAUUCUUGUUUCGGUGAAGCGCACUUGAGGAAUCGGAUCUUGAGCCACCCUGACACAAUGCACAAAUAUGAAUCAGCCCAAAUCGCGUCGAUUCAAAGUGGAGAUGUGUUUCCGGGCGGGGUUCUCUCUUCGUACAUCAUAAACAUGUCUAACGCCAUCCAAGAGCUUCAAAGCCGUCUAACAGCUUCGACUGUCUAUACUCCUGACUCGGACAAGUAUCGGGAGAGUCUCAUCCGCUGGUCAGACACUGGAAUCAAAGAUGCGGGCGUUGUAGUUCAGCCAACUGAGGCGAAUGAUGUCUCCGUUGCCAUUUUGUGGGCCCAGGAAAACAAUAUUGAUAUCGCUGUCAAAGGCGGAGGCCAUUCGACUGCCGGCACCAGCUCAAGUGAUGGUGGCUUGGUGAUUGAUCUGUCGCGCAUGAAACAAGUCACGGUGGACACCACACGAAAGAACAUCACUGCCCAAGGUGGAGCGACCUGGAAAGAGGUCGAUGAAGCCGGUGCAGUUCAUGGAUUGGCCGCUGUUGGAGGAACUGUGAAUCACACAGGAGUUGGGGGACUCACGUUGGGAGGAGGUUACGGAUGGCUGAGUGGCCAAUAUGGCCUCACCAUCGACAAUCUGCUCUCUGCGACCGUGGUUUUAGCGGACGGCAGUGUUGUAACAGCUUCUGCCAGUGAGAAUCCUGACUUAUUUUGGGGUUUGCGAGGCGCGGGCUAUAACUUUGGUGUUGUGGUCGACUUCACCUACCAGGCUUAUGACCAGACCGCACCAGUGUUCUCCGGUGUCUUGGGAUUCACGGCGGACAAGCUGGAAGGCAUUAUUGAGCAGCUCAAUGGCUCUUUGGCGCAACCUGAUGCGCGCUCUGGGGCUAUGUGUUUCUUUGCACUCUCACCCGAUGGUUCUCCCAUGAUUAUUGUCAUCUGCUUCUACAAUGGCACGCGUGAAGAAGGCCAGGCACGAUUUUCGGGACUGACAACCCUCGAGCCAGUUCUUAACACGCUUGAUAUGAUCCCAUACUCGGUAGUCAACACCCUGCAAAACCCCCAGGCAACUUAUGGUGAUCGCAAAUCCUUCAAGGGAGUUUUCUUUGAGCCGCCGUUAGAUCCUGAAUUCGCCCGAGUAAUUUUCAACGAUGUUAUGGCCAAAAUCCAGUCCGAUGCAGAUCUCAAGAGUUCUGCAAUCAUUCUGGAGUUUACUGACAUGCGCAAGAUCUGUGAGGUGCCACUGGAUGCAACCGCACUCGCAAGCCGCAAUUCGACUCAGAAUGGCAUUGUCUGUCUAAGAUGGACUGACGCGUCCAAAGACCUGGAGCACCGAACUUGGGCACGCGAAGUGCAGUCUAAGUGGAAAACCGAGUUGGAUGCCAGGACUGGCCAAAGUGCAGGAUCGAGUGUGCCUCAAUACAUUAACUACGCCGAGCCUGGCGAUGCUGCGGUGGCUAAUAUCUACGGCGAAAACCUCGGUCGAUUGAAGCAAGUAAAGGCCAAGUAUGAUCCCAAAAAUGUCUUCCACAAAAUGCAACCCAUUUCUGGUACUUAG